CCAUUAAGAAGUCAUGGCUUGGAUUCAGUGGUGAACAGCGCCGAGCGGUACAGCGAUCGAUACACUCCUAUCCGCGAGUCUCCCAAUUGGGACAUCAGAUUCACUAUGAUUCAGGUUUGUCUGCCAUUCCUCCACAUCUCAACCAAUGUUAUUAUACGUGUCUUUUGUGUUCUCACCCAAAAGGAUGGCUCCAAAUCAGUGUCGGCUAAGAAGACGGCCAAAGAGUCGAUAUCGGAGAGCAAUAAGGAUGGCAUCGCAUACCAGUGUCUUCUGAAGAAUGAAUUACUGGGCGCUGGCAUUGAAGACAUGAAAGAGCACACAGAAGAGCGCAAAAUCUUUCUGCCCCUCGAAAGCAAAAACCUAUUUCGGUAUCGGGUGCGAGAGAGCGAUAGUCUGAAUGAGCCGACGAGUCCGUACUCACUGUCGCCGGUGAGCAGCAAAAGCCAGAAGUUGUUGCGCUCUCCGCGAAAGACCGCACGAAAGAUAUCAAAGAUUCCGUUCAAAGUAUUGGACGCACCGGAACUUCAGGACGAUUUCUACUUGAAUUUAGUCGACUGGUCCACAACCAACAUAUUGAGCGUCGGGUUAGGCACUUGUGUCUACUUAUGGAGCGCCUGUACCUCUCAAGUGACACGUCUUUGCGAUCUCUCAGCCGAUGGCGAUUCCGUUACAUCUGUUUCAUGGGCUGAAAGGGGCCAUUUGGUUGCUGUGGGAACGCAUAGAGGUUUGGUUCAGGUGUGGGACGUGGCGGCCAACAAACGGCUCACAACAUUAGAGGGACAUACGGCACGUGUGGGCGCAUUGGCCUGGAAUUCAGACACACUAUCGUCUGGAAGUCGUGAUCGACAUAUCCUUCAGCGCGACGUCAGAGGACCGCCUCACCAAAGCGAGAGACGUCUCGUAGGACAUCGACAAGAGGUUUGCGGUCUGAAGUGGUCGCCAGACAACCAGCACUUGGCGUCGGGCGGUAACGACAAUCGUUUGUUUGUGUGGAACUCGAGCUCUACGACACCCGUACAGACAUAUACGGAGCACUUGGCGGCCGUGAAGGCGAUCGCGUGGUCGCCCCACCAUCACGGGCUGCUCGCCAGCGGUGGCGGGACUGCCGACCGGUGUAUUCGUUUCUGGAAUACACUGACCGGACAGCCGAUGCAAUGCGUGGACACGGGUUCGCAGGUGUGUAACCUCUCGUGGUCUAAACACGCGUCAGAACUGGUCAGCACUCAUGGAUAUUCACAAAAUCAAAUCCUUGUUUGGAAAUAUCCAUCACUAGUACAGGUGGCGAAACUGACCGGACAUUCAUAUCGAGUCUUAUAUCUGGCGAUGUCUCCGGACGGGGAGUCGAUAGUGACGGGUGCGGGCGACGAGACGUUGAGGUUUUGGAAUGUAUUCAGUAAAACGCGGUCUCAAAAAGAAGCCAAAUCUGCUCUCAAUCUCUUCUCUAUAGUGGAUGUGGUGUUUGAGAGCCAUCUAUGGGUAGUGUAUAAAGCGAUGAAUGCGGAAAAGUUGAACAAAUUGUCGUCUCAGGUCCGCAUCGGAGGAAAGGGAACCGCCCGAAGGAAGAAGAAAGUGGUCCACAGGACGGCCACCACUGAUGAUAAGAAACUGCAGAACUCACUGAAGAAACUGACGGUUAACCCAAUUCCAGGCAUUGAGGAAGUAAAUAUGAUCAAAGAUGACGGAACAGUCAUACACUUCAAUAACCCCAAAGUUCAGGCCUCGUUGGCGGCCAACACUUUCGCCAUCACCGGUCAGGCGGAGAGCAAACGGAUCGCUGAUAUGGUUCCCGGAAUACUGAGUCAAUUGAGAGCCGAAAACUUUUCUCAUUUGAAACAAUUAGCUAACGUUCAGAGCGUUGGCACCGAUUUGGCCAACACUACCAUCGAGGAAGACGACGACGAAGUGCCAGAUCUGGUCGAGAACUUCGACGAAGUGGCCAAAGCCGACACCAAUUGAGCGCCCGUUUGGCCCCAACUUAUGAAACGAUUUCUGUUUUUUUAUUAUUUAUCUGAACGAUAAUUAAAUGAUAAAUCGAUCGCAUCUUCAAUAUAAAUAGUAGUUUAAAAGAAGGCAUUGUUUUUUCAAAUGAAUUGAUUUUAAUAACCAUUUAAUGCAAAUAAUUAACAAACAAAUAAAGCGUUGAUUUCUUUCAUUGUUUGUAUUGUAAACUCCAAAAAGAAAGUAUAAAAAUUAAUUUUUAAUUGAAAUAAAUGUCAGAUUCAUUGUUUUUGAUAAUAAAAAAGGGAUAAUUCCUAAUUAGUUAAUGUCUA